AUGGGUAGUAUCAACAACAGCAGGACUAUUCCUAAUACAAUCAGUAGCAGUUGCAACAACAGCAGUAUUAUGCACAAAGCUCUUAAUACGGGGUAGACUCAAAUCAGAUGGUGUAUCAAGAAGGCCAAUAUUACCAAACUGCUAAUGAUUAAUAUGGAUACUAAGCCACAGCUGACUAUCAAUAUGGUAUAUCUAAAAUCAAAUGAAUAUUUUAUAGAUCCAAAUUAUCAAAAUUACUAUUACUAGCAGGAAGGAUACUAAUAUGAUUAAACCUAGGCUUAGUUUUAAGAACCUGAGGUUUAGCAACUUGCUCAGGAAGAAAGCAACACUCUAAUGCUGAGCAACAUACCAUCUGAGGUGAAUCAAAAGCAAAUAGAAGCAUUCUUCAAAACUGCUUGCUUAUAAAUGGGAACUUCAAUGUAUGAAAGCGUCAGAAUGAUAGGAGCAUUGAAAAUGGCCUAUGUUGUUUUUCCAACCAUGAAUUCAUCAAGGAUUAUAUAUAAAAUGCUUAAUGGCUCUAUGAGUUUGAAUGGUAAAGAUAAAAUAGAAGUCACUUACACUCCUAAUACAAUGAGAACCGAAAGAUAGGAAGCUACUGAGAGAGCUGGUGGAUAGGCUGCUAUGUUUGGAUAAGGUCUGUCAUUCUAUGACCCUGAAACAAAAUCUUAUAUUACUGGAAACUAGGAGACGAUAGUCCAUGAAGAUUGGCUUUGCGAAAGUAACUAUCAAUGCUAAAAUCGUACCAGUCAUCAAACAAAAGUAAAUAUAACAGCCUACUGCUUUUACAGCAUCACUUCAAGCUGCUCAAUUCUACAACGAGGCUUCUUAAACAGGGGCACCACUACCAGCAGCAUCCUAACUUCCUGUAUUCCAUCAGUAUUCAGCAACUAUUGGACAAAAUUACACAUCUCAAAGUAUAAUUAUAAUAUUUUAUGCUCACUUUUAGAUUUCAAUUAGAAUGCUGCCCCAAUCGCUGGAUAACCUACAUAAACUCUAUAAAAUGCCUAAUUUGAGUUGCCUAAUUCAAGUCUGAUGUUGAUUGAUGCCUUCUAAUAGUUCGCCUAAGUUAAAGAUGUCAGAAUGAUCAAGGAGAAACAUGAUGCACACCACAACAUGUCAUCAUCUGGGCCUUCAUCAGCCCCAUAAAAUAAGGAUUUUGCCUUUGUGGAGUUUUUCUCAGUAGAAGAUGCCACUAUGGUCCUUGAACAGGCAAAACAUGAGAAAUUGAGAAUAAAGGGAUAGCUAGUAUAUCUUUCUUACUCUAAGUUUAAGAGACACGAACAAUAUUUUGAAAGCUUUUUUGACUCCUCCCAAGGCAUAAACAAUGGCAAUACAAUAGCUGGUGGCAAUGCUACUAAAUUAUUCUAGUAAGAAAUAAUACCAGAAGUUGUAAAGUUUGAGCAAGAUAACUAAAAUUCAGCUGUAACUAAUAUAACUAUAAAUAUCAUUUAGAGUUUGAACAAAGUCAGUCUUGGAAGCAUUGAAAAGACUGAUUAAUAAAAAGAAGCAGAAAAUCAAUCAAAUUUGGCUUUAAUUGAGAGAGAAAAAGCAGAGAACUAGCUGAAAAGAUGGGAAAACCAAUAGUAAAAGCUUGAGAAAUUGAAUAAGCAGUUGAUGAGCAUAGACAAGAAUCUAGUCAUCAUGCCAGAUGAGCCAGUUGCUUUUGAAUAAGCUUAGAUUAUAGAAAAUAAAUCAUUAUUACAAGAGGAGCUCAAAGAAGAUUUAAUCAAAGAAAAAUUAAAGAGAGAUGUUAUUAAGCAUUCAACAUAUGAGGUACAUAUUUGCUAGCCUUGCAAGAGAUUGUUCAGAACAUUUAACACAUUGCUCAAGCAUCAAUAAGACUCAUUACUGCAUAUUAAGCUUUCACAAAAGAAAGCAAGAGAUGAGAAUCAACAAAGAAUUAAGGAGAGUAUGAGAAAAGAAUCCCAAUAAGCAGAGGAUAGCAACAUUGAUAAGAUGGCAGAUAGUGCCGGCAAGAGAAAAGAUAGGGAGAGUUUUCAUCAUUAUGAUGAAAAGGAAGACAAGGACAGGAAAAGGCAAAGAACUAAUUGA